CAAGACCCGAAAACUCAGUUGUCGAUGCAAGAUGGCGGUGAGUGGUGUUGUGUCAAGUUCUCGGCUCUUGUUACGUUUCGAAAUUCAAAAAGUUAUUCAUCAUUCAUCAUUAGGUAACCUGUCACUAAUUAAUAGGUGUUCGCGGGUUCGGACUUUAAGACAUUGUAGAAAGUUUACAACGAGUUUAGUGAGUGGUGAUAAACCGAAAGAAAAAGAAAAUGAAAACGGUGGUGCUAAUAAGACUUUAAAGAAACAAUCAUCAAGUUCCUCGUCGGACAGUGACCAAUCGGAUUCAGAUGACGAAGACGUUACAGUAGAGUAUCAUCGCGGUCUUCCUCAAGUCACUGUUCCGUUACCUAGUCGCAGGGAGAGAUGUCGAUUCACUCUCAAACCGAUUUCCAACACAGUCGGCGAUUUCCUUCAGAUGUUAAAGAAGGAAGACAAAGGAAUAGAUCGGGCCGUCACAUUAACUCUCGACGGUACCCGGAUAGCCUCGUCCGAUUCAAUAGAAAGUCUUCUCGAAAACGAUUUCAAACUUGUCAUCAACGAUCACGUUUAUCACGUAAUCACACCGAAACAAGACAGGAUAACUAGCGAAGAAGUAAAAAAACUUAGUGACGUAAGAAAUUUAGUGAAUCAAUUGUACGAAGCUCUCAACGUUCAGGAGCAUCAGCUGCAAAAAGAGAGGGAUUUGUUUGUUCAGAUCGAAACUCUUCGACAAGAACUUCAACCCCUAGAAGAGAAAAGGAGCGAAUUGGAUGUAGUGGCUUCAAGGAAAAGUAAUCUCCUUGCUUGGGCAGGUUUAGGCUUGAUGUCUAUACAAUUUGGAAUAUUAGCGCGAUUGACUUGGUGGGAAUAUUCAUGGGAUAUUAUGGAACCUGUUACAUACUUUGUUACUUAUGGAACAGCCAUGGCAGCCUAUGCCUAUUUUGUACUCACGAAACAAGAAUACAUUUUGCCCGAAGUUCGAGACCGACAACACCUACUUGCUUUACACAAAAAAGCCAAAAAGCAAGGCUUGGAUCUCACAAAAUACAAUCAACUGAAAGAUCAAAUUACCAAAUUGGAACGUGAUUUAAGGAAAUUGCGGGACCCCUUGCGCAUGCAUCUACCUGCAAAAACGAAACCAGCAGAACCUCCUCCAUCUCCUUUGACAAACGCUACAGCGCCGACAGAACAAAAAGCCGAAACUGUUGAACCUAAAACUGUAGCAAAAGUUUGAUUGUAAUUUGGUUAGACAGUUUAGCGUGUGAAAUUUGAACAAGUGCUUGCCCGAGUGAUUUCGUCUUCUCAAGACUUUAGGCUUUGAAAUGAUAUUCAUAUUUAUAUUUAUUACGGUAUAGAAAUUUUAGUUUUCGAUUUUGAAUCGAGAAUAAUGUACAGGUUAUUCAAAUUGGGUAGGUGUAUGUUUUUACCAUUGGGUUUUGGUAAUCCGAGGAUGAUAAAAAGAGAAUAAAGAAACCAAAAAAGAAAAAUUUCUGAAUAAGGAAAAGAAAACCUGAGGCAGAAGAAGUAUGUCGAUUGUGCUUUUGGAUAUUGAAUGUUUUGUGUGAUCUUUUGAAUAUAUGUAAAUGUUUGAUCAAUAAGUUGAAACCUGGUACAUUUAAUGGAGUAAGGACAAAUUGAAAGAAAAACGAAAAGGGUGUGUUUACGAAAAUUACAGAAAAAAUUAAAUCCCAAAUGUUCAUUUUUGAACGCCACAAUCAAUAGUUUCGUUCAUUUCAUGUUAUUCUAAAGGUUGUUAAAAAUACAGAAUUAUAUUUUAAUUUAAGUGUAUACGAAACAAAAGACACUGUUAUUUUCCAUGAAAGUAGCGUCCAGGAGAAGCAGGAAAGUAGAACAUUCCGUAGGUCGUACAGUAUAUACAAGGCAUGUUUUUAAAGUUAUAGGAAUUUAGCUAUAAUUUUUAUUAUUUUGUUAAUUUUCAUCAAUAUUACAAUGUGUUUUUUCAACAUAAUCUCCAUUUAAAUGAAUACAUUUAUCCCAACGAUAAACUAAUUUUUUUAAGCCGUCCUCAAAGAACUUUUUCGGUGCCUCCUCAAUCCUCCUAUUUAUGGCACGUUUUACGUCAGUUAAACUUUCAAAUCGAAACCCUGUAAGGGUUUAUUCAAAUCUGGAAACAGAUGACAGUCAAGGUGCAAGAUCCGGAGAAUAAGAUGGGUGUGCAAGUAAUUCUCAUCGUACAUCGUUCAAAAAAUCCUUCAUUUUUCUUGCGGUAUGCGGUCUUACAUUAUCCUAUUGCAAUAACGGACCCUUAUGCAACUUUUCUGGCCGUUUUUUGACAAGUGCCUGUCGCAGUGAUCCAGAUAUUAAAUUCGAACAAUAUUCUGCUUUAAUUGUGGUACCUUUUGCCAGAUAAUCCGUAACAGUAAUCCCUUCGUAAUCCCAGAAUACACUAAGCAUUACCCUUUCAAUAAACGUAACUGCAGACGCCCUCACUGGAGUCCGUGCUUCGGGUUUGCACCAUUCUUUGGAUUGACUUUUGGUCUCAGGAUUGAAACAAGGAAUCCAUGUUUCGUCAGUGGUUAUUAUUCGUUGCCAAAAUUCAUCACCGUAACGAGCUAACAGCUCUUGAAGUUGACAAAUAUCAGACCUAUUGAUUUUCUGUUCUGGUCCCAACAGCUUUGGCACCCAGCGCCCUGAAACCUUGCUAACGCCCAAACAAUCAUGCAACAUGUCAUGAAUUUGUCGCGUACCUAUCCCCAGGCGCACACUAAUUUGACGAAUAAUCAUUCGUCUGUCCUCUUAGUAGGUCUUCGAAGGCAGUAAUGUUUUUUUUUUUAUUUAUCGAUGUGCUUGGGCACCCACUGCGUGGAUCGUCUUCUAGUGAUGUUCUACAGGUUUUAAAACAAUCGAUAUCGAUCCAUCGAUAAACAUUACUUUUGGAUUCUGCAGGCUCACCAAAUAACUCCUUGCAGACGCUGAAUAAUUUCUAAUAUCUAAUCUAAUCUAAUAUCUUUUCACACCUUUCCACAAAGAGAAAAUUAUUGCUCUUUGAGAUUUCGCUGCGUCUUCCAUGGUUACAAAAACAGAUAUGAAAACGCGUUUAUAUCACUCAAACAUCUAAAUCAGACUGAACAUUGUUGCACUAGAUGUUGCAUAAACAUGUUAAGAUUUGCCUGGCCCCAAUAACAUUACCUAUAAGUUCUGCAUAAUUUAAUUAUAGUACAAUUCCCAGAACUUUGGAAUCAUCCCUCGUACAUCCACAUUGUAUUGUAUGUACCUUUUCGGUAUUCAUGAUGGGCGUGGAUUGCUUGUAAAUCCUGCUAUCCUUCUGAAAUCCUUUGAAUUUUUCUCUUCCAAACGUUUUUCAUUGUGCCGUCAGUGAUGAUGUUAUCAGUCACAAAUCAGUUCCAACCUAGACGUCUUUCUGAAGGAACCAUCAGUGAAGAACAGUGAAACGCUUGGAGUAGAAAUUUUUCAUGGACCAAGUCAAAAUAGCUCAUAGAAGAAGUUCCACACAAUAAAAUUAAAUGACUGUAUGACGAAAAUACAGAUCUUAAAACAAAAAAAGAAGGAAAUUUAAGCGUCUAUCGCAUUAUUAUGCAACAAGUUCUCUCAAGUUGAGAAAAACGGAGCAAAACUUCCAGCUUUGAAACUAUUACUAAUUGCUUAAUAUAUAUCUGAGUCUUUCGUACACGCCUUAAGGUACUCUACUUUUCUGCUUUCCUUAGACGAAGUCUCUGGUACACUGUGUUCUUCAACUGACUAUUUAAAGAUUGUUUCUAGCUUUAGUUCAUUAAUUUUUACUAACUCAAGCUACUGAGUUGCUUAUAGAGAAUAACAACCAAUAAAUUAAUUAAUAUAAUUGGAAUAGAUUUACCCAGACAACCCAAGUUUUUAACCGCUUGCUGCAUCAGUCAUAAUUACUUACAGCCUAACUUUUUGAUUUUAUUUUCAUCAGUACUGAGGGUGUUUUUUGAUCAAUAACGUAAUACUAUAAGCUAAAAUAUUUUGACCAAUCUUCGCUGUUGCAAAAUUAGUAAGUCCUUACGGUUAUGAUUGUUCUAUCGAUUUUAAAUAUGUGCAAUAAUAUUUUUUAACAAAAAUCUAAAGUAUAUUGGAUGAAAUUAAUUCUCAAUCUAUGUGUUGGACCAGAUUUAUUUUUUCUGAUCGUUUUUUAUUUUUAACCUUUAAAGUGUAAUGUAAUUUUUCCUGAAGUUCGCCACUAGCUAAAAGAGAAUUACCUAAUUAAUGUUUUCAAGAUUGUCAUUGUUUGAUAUCUUCUUUGUAUUCCACAUUGCCCAAAAUCCUCACUCAUCCGUCCUUAGCUUACAUAAAGGAAGUUUAACUUCUAAUUAAUUGGCUUCUUAAAUUUACACCAAUUUUAUCAUUUAAGUAAUAGAUCAUGAUGGAUAAAUACUCUUUUAAUAAUCAAGGUAUAAUUUAAUGUUUGAUCAACGGAUUUUUAGUCGUUUUGCCAUAAGGAGGGAUUAAACUGAUAAGCUGAUUUAAAACAGUUUCAUUUAUUUUAAUAGUCUAAUUUUACAGUAAAUGUAUAGUUAAAACUAACAGUCAUGUGACGAAAUGAUCGGUGAUGUUAUGCGUCAAGUACAAAAAAUCGGUUGGUCAAACUGAAUAUUGAAAUCCAUAUAAAUGACUCAACAUUUAACAAUAAACAAGUAAUUUAACCAUUGAAAUUAAUAGAUUUCUUUCGGCUUUUUUUUACUGAUAUCAACAGCGUUUUGUUAAAUAUUAAGAAAAAAGUAGCACGUCCUUGUAUUUGAUGAUUUAAUGAUUUUAAGACUCCAAUUGUUGUUAUACAUAUAACGUUGGCACCUUUAUCAAUUUGUCAAAAGUGUUUUAAAGUUCUAGUUUUAAUUUUGAAAGGUGAUUUAGUUUAAGUACAUAAGUGCAUGUAUAUGUGAUUCUAAGUUUCCGAUUUAAAAAAUUAGAUAUACAUAUAAUUUUUAAAUGUGUAGGUGUUUAAAGUAAAUAAUUAAUUAAAAUCUUAUCCAUUGCGGAGCUUAGAAGCACAAAUAAAAUAAAUUUAUUUGAAUUUGGAUUUCAAAGCAUUGCUGUGAUUAAUAUUAAAACAAUGUGAUUUUAUCGGUCACAAAAUUUUAAAUUUGUUAUCUAUAUUGCACUAAAAUUACACACAAUGUGUAUCUAUGUAUACACACCUAAUUAAUUAUCGUAUUAUGAAUCUAUAAAGUUAGUUGUGGACAAAGGCAGAAACGUGAUGUGAUUUUUAGAAACAACCGUUAUUACAUUGAAAUUUAUUUAUUUUGGAAUGCCACGUAUAGUAAUUCAAGAUUUUUUAUUAAAUUACUAGCCUAACCCAUCAAAAGUAACCCGGCCAGGCACUAGAAGUUCUAACAGCCUAAUCUAACCUAACCCAACCUAACCUAACCCAUUAAAAAUAACCCGACAAGCACUAAAAGUUCUAACAAACUGUUGUAGGUCAUGGAUAAAUUAGCAGUGCUUUUUAUUAUGAAAUUACCUAGCCUAACCCAUCAAAAGUAACCCGGCCAGGCACUAGAAGUUCUAACAAUAUAAUCUAACCUAACCCAACCCAACCUAACCUAACCCAAUCCAACUUAACCUAACCCAUCAAAAAUAACUCGAUCAGGCACUAGAAGUUCUAAAAAACUGUGGUAGGUCACAGAUAAAUUAGCAGGGCUAAUUUUAUUGAAUUUUAACUCCAUUUUUACCUUUAUCCACAACAUAGAUACUUAUACAUUUCGUGCACAACUUUUAUUUAUUAUUAUUAGAACACUGCUGUAUAUUAUUUUUACACAUACAUAUGUAU